AUGGCUGCAGCGGAAGGAGCAUGUCUUCAUCAUAUUGCGAGGGAAACAUUAGAUGUAAAACGCCUUGCCAAAUUCUACCAGGAGAUCUUAGGAUUUGAGGUCAUAAAAAGCCCUAAUUUGGGAGAGUAUGAGGUGGUCUGGUUGAGUCUUCCCCCUGUUUUCUCUAUGCACGUAAUACAGAGGAACCCGGAGACGAAGCUCCCACAAGGACCUUGGAGCUCCACGGCGGCGAUCGCUGACCCCAAAAAGCUCCCAAGAGGGCAUCAUCUCUCUUUUGCCGUCUCAAACUAUGAGUCCUUCGUUCAAACCCUCAAGGAAAAAGGAAUUGAAGUCUUUGAACAGACCCAGCCUGAUGGGAAAACAAAGCAAGUAUUCUUUUUUGACCCAGAUGGUAAUGGCCUGGAAGUUGCAAACUGGGUGGCUCCAACAAAAUGAGAGCUGAAGCCUGUUGUAUAUUUGGUAUCAA